GAUGGCUGCUGCUUCUCUUCGAUGCUUCCCCAACGCAGCGUCGCGGGCGUCGCCCAGGAUGAGCUACUGGAUCCGAAAGAGCUUGCCGACGCCGACAGCUGCUUCUGCGAAUUCAACGGGGUCGAUCUGCACCACAAAAUCAGCAGGCCUCCUCGCGAAGAAGAAGAUGUAAAGGUUGGGAUUCGAGCAAUUCCAACUGUCCUGCUUCACGGUUUCGGCGCGUCGGCCUUCUCGUGGGAGCGAGUGAUGCAGCCCCUGGCGCGGGUGGUCAUGGCCGACGUCCUGGCUUUCGACCGCCCUGCCUUCGGCCUCACUUCGAGGACCUCUGCGGCGAGUAGCGGUUUGAAUCCCUACUCCAUGAUCUUUUCCGUCCUCGCCACGCUCUUCUUCAUAGAUCGGUUGGCUUCGGAGAAGAAAGGCGCAAAGGCUCUACUGAUAGGGCACUCUGCCGGUUGCUUCGUCGCCGUCGAGACGUACUUGAAAGCCCCCGAGAAGGUCGCUGCGCUGGUCCUCGUCUCGCCGGCGAUAUUUGCUCCGCUAUCCGGCGGGAGAUCAAUUGGCAAGGAAAAUGGAGCUCCCGAGAAUCGUAUUCUCAGGUUUUUUAAAGCGUUAGCUGAUAUAAGGACGCAGUUGGUGCUGGUAAUCUUUAUUGUGCUGAAAGCCUUGAGAGAUAUGGCUGGUUCUCUGUUUGCUCGAGCACUGACGGCAUUCUUGCAAUCGACACAGGCGUUAAUGCUGGUAAGAAUGAUAGUGGACAAGUUUGGAAUAUCGGCUAUUCGUGUUUCUUGGUUUGAUCCGAGCAAAAUCACAGAUUAUGUGAUACAAGGUUAUACAAAGCCACUCAAGGCCAAAGGUUGGGAGAGGGCAUUUCUGGACUACACUUUGGCCUUGCUGACUGUCUCUUCUUCCAAGAAACCACCAUUGUCUGAACGACUCGCUCACAUUUCAUGCCCUGUGUUGAUUAUUACCGGCGACAGCGACCGGGUUGUCCCAGCAUGGAACGCUAAGCGUCUCUCAUUAUCGAUUCCUGGUUCGAGCUUCGAGGUGAUUGAGGAAUGCGGGCACCUGCCUCACGAAGAAAAAGUGGAGGAGUUCCUGAUGAUCGUCGAAAGGUUUCUUCGAAGAGAGUUUGCAGUUUCUGAUCAGCCCCAAUCCAUCGACGCACCGGCCCCAUGACGGCGGUCAAACAUCACAGAGGAAUCCGAGUGGACGUGUUAAUUUAAUUUGUUGCUGAUAAGAUAGAUAUUAAGAUGCCACGUGGCCAACAAUAUUAUUUUAUUUAUUCUGGAAUGUAAAAAAUAUUC